CUGACCCACCAUGACCUUCAAGCAAGCGUCCAUGAUGGCCCCGGAGGCCACAGCCAGCACGCUGCCCAUGAGCACCAUGGAGAACUCCACGGAGGCUGCGGGGCCAGGCGAGAGCAAGGAGGACAUGUUCACCAAGCUGAGGGACAAGUUCAUGAAUGAGCUCAACAAGAUCCCCUUGCCACCCUGGGCCCUCAUUGCCAUUGCAGUCGUGGCUGGACUCCUCAUCCUCACCUGCUGCUUCUGCAUCUGCAAGAAGUGCUGCUGCAAGAAGAAGAAGAACAAGAAGGAGAAGGGCAAAGGCAUGAAAAAUGCCAUGAACAUGAAGGACAUGAAGUCAGGCAACCAGGACGACGAUGACGCAGAGACGGGUCUGACAGAGGGGGAAGGUGAGGAAGAGGAGAAGGAGCCAGAGAACCUGGGCAAGCUGCAGUUCUCUCUGGACUACGAUUUCCAGGCAAACCAGCUCACAGUGGGGAUCCUCCAAGCUGCUGAACUGCCAGCUUUGGACAUGGGUGGCACCUCAGACCCCUAUGUCAAGGUGUUCCUGCUCCCUGACAAGAAGAAAAAGUAUGAGACCAAAGUGCAGAAGAAGACCCUCAACCCUGCCUUCAAUGAGACCUUCACCUUCAAGGUGCCCUACCAGGAGCUGGGUGGGAAGACUCUGGUGAUGGCCAUCUACGACUUCGAUCGCUUCUCCAAGCACGACAUCAUAGGGGAGGUGAAGGUGCCCAUGAACACAGUGGACCUGGGCCAGCCCAUCGAGGAGUGGAGGGACCUGCAGAGUGGAGAGAAGGAGGAGCCAGAGAAGCUGGGAGACAUCUGCAUCUCCCUGCGGUACGUGCCCACGGCUGGGAAGCUCACUGUCUGCAUCCUGGAAGCCAAGAAUCUGAAGAAGAUGGAUGUUGGGGGCCUCUCAGAUCCCUACGUGAAGAUCCACCUGCUGCAGAAUGGCAAGAGGUUGAAGAAGAAGAAGACCACAGUCAAGAAGAAGACCCUGAACCCCUACUUCAAUGAGUCCUUCAGCUUUGAGAUCCCCUUUGAGCAGAUACAGAAAGUGCAAGUGGUCAUCACAGUGCUGGACUACGACAAGCUGGGGAAGAACGAGGCCAUCGGCAAGAUCUUCACGGGCUUGAACUCCACGGGCACGGAGCUGCGGCACUGGUCUGACAUGCUGGCCAACCCGCGGCGGCCCAUUGCCCAGUGGCACUCGCUGAAGCCAGAGGAGGAAGUGGAUGCAGCUCUCGGCAAGAACAAAUAGGCGGCUCUGCCGCGGCGCGGCGCUGCGGACAGCUCACCCAGAGCUACUGAUACCUCAGUUCUGCAACCUUCCGUUUGGUUUUUGUUCUGUUCUAAGCUGAAAUGCCCUCCGAUGCCUCUGGAGGAGUAUCCAGGCAGUCCCAAUAGCUUCCAGGGGAAGAGGUUAAAGACAUGGAUGGUUCUUUUUGUUCUUCAGCAUCGCUCCCUUCUGCUGCAUGUCCCAUUGCCUCUGCUCGCCAUCCCUUCCCAGUGCAAAGCCAGCAGCACAUCUGGGACCUUCCCCAGCAGCUGUAUCACCAGCCUGCAGCAUUGCUGCCACCAUCCUGCUCUUGGGAUCACAUGGGGAACCGUGGAACGUUGCAUGGAGGUGAUACUGGAGCCUGAUGGUGCGAGAUGACGAGACUCACUGUGCUUGGCUGGGGCAUGACCAGCAGUGAGACAGAAAAAUGGUGCAGAAGACCCUCUGAAGAGACCCAGGUGCCUCCCCCUGGCCCUCCCCAAGGAAGGCUGAGUGCCCCUGGCCAGCUCCGGGUUUGGGUUCUCUGAGGAGAGGCUUGCAGGGGCCAUGGAUCCUGCUGUGGUGGUGGGGUGCCAAGCCCUCAGUGUUGCAGCAGGAGCUGUGGAGGCCAGUCUGGGCACAGGGAGCCUCCAGGGCUGCUCCAAGGAGACACAGGGUGAAAUGUGGAUGCACCAGCAGCACUGUGUGGAUCACCACCACCAGCAGCAGCACAACCUCUGUUUUGUCCCCAGAGGGGCAGCGCUGGGUGAUUUGCAUCUGUGUCCCACCAUGCUUGGUGAAUCCCAUAGAUCAAAAUGCUUCCACAAGGCAGGUUUACAGAGGUGUCUAGAUGUGAUGGGGGCAGCCUCCCCAGAGCUGCACCAGGUGUCUCUCCAGAGACUGUCCAUUGCAUGUCCAAUCACUGCUGUGGGCACCCCAGCCUCAGGGCAGCCAGGGGGCCAUGGGGAGCUCCAGCCCCACCACCUGCUUUGGGUGGGGAUGGCAAGAGCAAGCCUGGGACCAACAAGGGACCAAAGCUCCCGACCCCCAUGAUCUGCUACUCCCCACCGGGCCAUUGGCUCUUAAACCCACCCCGUCCUGCUCCCCUUGGGGUUAUAAGCCAUAGCCAUGACCCUCACAGUGGCUAAGAGCUUCUCUAGGCUACUUCUCCCACUGUCCCAGAAAAGCUCCUGAGCCAGAAACACAGUUCUCUGCAGGUGGAAGAGGGUCCAGCAGCCCUAUCCAGUGCAGUCCAGUCUGUACUGGAGCACUGAUGUUAGCUCUUGUCCCUGUCCCAGCUCCAGCUGCACAGCAGCCUCACGCUCUGGUCCCUUUGGCUUCCCUGGACUCAGUGCUGGGGGUUCCAGCACUGCAGCAGUGAAGGGUUGAGUCCCAGGGAUGUGCUGGCACUGGGGACACUGCUCUGGGGGUUCAACACCUGGGCUGGCACCCAGGGCCAGGGACACAGUGCCAAAGCUGAACUCAUCCCAGUGCUGUCGGAUGCUCUAGGAGCUCCCACAGCUCUGACUUCCCAAAGGGCAUCCUGUCCAUCUCCAGAGGUGGGGAGACGAUGGGACACUUGGUGGCAGUCACCGGGUUUGAAACUUGGCUCGGGGAGUUCAAAUGGACAUGGGGACCAGAUCCUGUCCCUGGAGGGUUGUGCAGCUCUGGGACAGGUCCCCAGGGCAGGACAUCUCCAUCUGUGGGAGGUUUGGGGCUUGGAUGGCCGAGCUGCAGUGUGGGAAGGGGAUGUUGGACAGGGACCUCUAAUGACCACCUCCACCACCACAGCAGCUGCACUUGACCAUGCCCUGGUGAAGGUGGCACUGGGGCCAUGCUGGGUCUGCAGGGAUCAUCCAGCCAGUGGUCUCUCAGGGCUGUCUCCAGCUUUAUUAAGUCCCUUUUCCUAAUGGAUGUGUCAGUGUCAACAGAUGGGGUCCUGCCCUGCCCCUGUAGCCAAAGGGAGAAGAAGUCUUGGGAUGCUUUUAGUAAUGGGGAGCUGGAGGGGGGCUGAUGUCCCAUGGUCAGGAGCACUGGUA